AUGGAUUAUAUUCGACCUAAUUAUGUCUAUACUCGGGUGCUCGACAACCUCCCGUGGAAGUCGGGAGACCCCAACGUCAAGGGGGACCCGCGAAAAAGUGUAAAGUGGAUCGACGGCCUGCGAGGUAUCGCAUCGUUUCUAGUGGUGAUGACCCAUCUGGCUCGUGGAUGGGACUAUGAUCUGUUCGCGCCGCGCGAUGACGAGGGCAAGGCCCCUCGCAUUCUUCAGUGGCCAAUUCUGCGGAUUCCGUGGCAGGGACGUCUCGGUGUCACCAUCUUCGCCUUCUUGACUGGUUAUGUCUGCGCUCUCAAGCCCAUCAAACAAUCUCGCAACGGCGACAUUCUCGGAUCUUUCACUUCGGUAGCGAAGAGUGCUUUCCGUCGUCCGCCCCGUCUGAUUUUUCCUGCAACCAUCGCUCUCAUUAUUUCUUGGGUUAUGGCGCAGUUUGGCGCUUUCAUUGUCGCCAACCGGUCUGACUGCUGGUGGUGUCGAUAUGCGGCGCCCGAUCUGGCCGAUACUUUCUGGGAAGAAUUCCUGCGCCUGUUCGAGAACUUUUUGGGUGUCUGGACGACCGGUUACAUGGCAUACGACGAUCACCAGUGGGCUCUUUUACCUCUGUUGAAGGCUUCGAUGCUUGUCUAUGUCAUGUUAUGUAUUACUAUGUUUGUUAAAUUCCGCUGGCGCCUGGCGAUUUACGCCGCCAUGAUCCUCUACUUCCACCAGGAUGGCGCGAAGCAAGUUGAAACCUUCCAAAUGCAAGCGAUCUACGGCAUGUUCCUCAGCGAUCUCUCUUACGAAGCCUCGUUCAAACAGUUCAUCGACGACCACAAAUGGGGCCGCCGCAUUUUCUCUGCCACCUUCGCCAUCACCGGUCUUUUGAUCUGCUCCUAUCCCGGAGAGCACCCCGAAUGGGCGACCUGGUCCGACCUUAUGCACAAGGCUGCUCACUACAUCUUCCCGCCGGAUGUUAACAUCGGACGACGCUACUCAGCCAUCGGAGUCGACCUGAUCAUCGCGGCCAUCUACAUCUCUCCCUCGACCAAAGAGUUCCUUUCCAGUCGUCUUCUUCUCUGGCUAGGAAAGCAGAGUUUCGCAGUCUACCUAGUCCACGGCACUCUCCUCCGCACCGUUCUUUGCUGGAUGCUGUACGGUAUCAGCGGUCAGCCGUGGGAGGGUCAACCCGUGGAUGGAAAUGGAAACCCCCUGCUGGACGAGAACGGCGAGCCGCUUCACCCGAAGUGGAUUCCUAUCCGGGGCCCGUGGGUUGUGGGAAUCUCGAUCCCGGCCUGGAUUGCGCUCGUGUACGUCUGCGCAUCCAUGUGGACCGCCUACGUCGACCCCUUCUGCGCGAAACUGACGCAGAAACUGGAAAAGCUCAUGUUCCAAGAAGAUGAGAAGUCCGAGGCUGCAUUGCCUCUCAACAACAUGCCCAUGAACACUAUGCCGAUGACUAGCGCAUAG